UUGCGGUCACCCGGGGAGACGGAGCUGAGCUGAGCUGAGCACUGAGAGGAAGUGUGGAAGUGGGCUGGCGUCCACGAGUCUCAGAAAAGAAACACAGAAGUGUGAGAUAUAAAGUGUGAUAUUCUCAGAGAGGAUCUCCAGCUGGAUGCUCAGGUGGACAUCCGAACGGUUCUUGGGAAAUUCGAGCCAAAUUCUGUAACGUUAUUCCGACCGGAAGUGCAGCUCGGAGCGGAUCCGUGACGCGCAUUUUCACCCAAAAACUUUUUUUCUUAAAAAAAAAGUAAUUUACAGAAUCCUGAUUUUGACAUUUUGUGCGUAAAGGAUUAAAGUGAAGAGAAAAUGAGUGAAGGAAACCAGCCGGAGAUUGAGCUCUUUGUGAAGGCGGGCAGUGAUGGACAGAGCAUUGGGAAUUGUCCUUUCUCUCAGAGGCUCUUCAUGGUGCUAUGGCUUAAAGGAGUGACUUUCAAUGUGACUACCGUCGACAUGAAGAGGAAGCCGGACGUCCUGAAGGACCUGGCUCCAGGAGCCCAGCCUCCGUUUCUGCUCUACGGACGGGAAGUGAAAACGGACACCAACAAGAUCGAGGAGUUUCUGGAGGAUCACCUCUGCCCUCCGAAGUAUCCUCGCCUGGCUGCUCGUAACCCAGAAUCAAACACCGCUGGCAUGGACGUCUUCUCUAAAUUCUCUGCCUACAUCAAGAAUUCUAACCCUGGCAUGAAUGACAACCUGGAGAAAGGUCUGCUGAAGGCUCUGAAGAAGCUGGACGAUUACCUCAGCUCUCCUCUUCCAGACGAGAUUGAUGAAAACAGUGCCGAUGAGGUCACCACCUCAACCCGCCCCUUCCUGGACGGACAGGAACUCACACUGGCCGACUGCAACCUUCUGCCCAAGUUACACAUCGUAAAGGUGGUGUGUCAGAAGUUUCGGGAUUUCUCUAUCCCUCGUUCACUUGUGUCGCUAUGGAGAUACCUGGAUGCUGCAUACGCGCGUGAGGAAUUCUCCUCCACGUGUCCGAGCGACGCCGAGAUCCACAUCGCCUACUCGUCUGUCGUUAAAGCGCUUAAAUAAACACACACACAGUUUUGUAUAUAUACACCACACACACUUCUUUUUUUUUUUUUUUUUGGUUUGCACUUCUGUAGCUUAAAGGAACGGUUCAAAAUCGCUAAUAGUAAUUGGUCACACAAAAUCAGAAGUCACACUCGCCAUAUAAAUAUGAUUUUUUUAUCUUCUAAAAUUUUUUUUUUUUUAAACAAAACUCAUAACGUUGUGCCUAUGACGUGAGAUUACUGCUGCUAGGCAACACCACGCAUCACUGAAGUUACAAUCUAGCUAGCGUGAAGGUGUCUCCUCACACGCUCACGUUCUUCAUUCACAAGGGAGGCGACUGAUUUAUCGGCUCGUUUAUCUGCACUCGCUUAGCUACACGCACACACGCGCGCUAGAAAUAAGGGGUGGGGCUCCAUGUAGGUACAGCCAUCCAUUCACAAACUCGAAAUUUAAGCUCGUAAUUCAAACAGAUCUUUAGCUUGGUGCCACGCGGUCACUGCCACAGAGUAAUUGUUUGCGCCAAUCAUGCCAAGACGUAUGUCUUUCCUUUUUUUUUCUUUUCUUACUGAGAACGAAACCAACGUGCAGCCGUGUGUCGUCUUGGCGAUGGAGCGAGCCAGCAGUUCACCAUGACUAAUAUUCACACCUCGAAAACCACACACUCCGACUAGGAUCUAGAUCUCAAACCAGCUAUUUCUGGAGCUCCAAACCACUCUGUGUGCUCAUAGGGCCAACAGGGCAGUCAGGGUUACACACACACACACACACGGCCUUCCGUACACAAUGGUGCGAGGUGUCGCAUUACAGUCCUACGUAGGACAGAAUUUGAGCCACAGCUCAUACCAUGUGCUGUAUCGGGAUUAGAUUUUAUAUGCAGGUAGAGAACACACACACACACACACCUUAAAACUAUUAACAUGCUCCAUUGCUUUGUAACAGCAACAUACAUGCUGAAGAUACUGGAGGGGAAUUUUUAAGUGUGUAUACACACACACACACACACACACACACACACACACAGGAAGCUGUACAGUUGAUGCACCCUUGCCGCUACCCAAAAGCGAUCUGUCCCUUCCAGUCACGUUCUCAGAGCGAGAUGAACGUCAUCUCCAGAGCAUACGAUUGGACGCAAAUCAAACAGAGCGCAGAAUCAAUCAUUUCUAUUUUUGUACGAUUUUAUAUAUUUGUAUUUAUUGGCACGUGAGUGUGAAUCCCUGCAUUUAAGAACGUUUCUCCGUAGGUGGGAGUGUUGGACUUUGGAUCAGGUUGUGAAUUUAAAUCCCAACCACACCAAGCUGCCACUGCUGGGCCCCUGAGCAUGGCCCUUAACCCCAUAUCUGCUCCGUUGUGUGAAUGAGAAAGAUGAAAUUCACCCUGAAUAAAGGCGUCUGUGUAGUUCAUCUCGGGCUCUGUUUCAACACACCAAGUGUUUUGCACGUUGUGGUUUUCUGAAGCAAGACCACGCGCAGGUUUCCUGUAAAAAUAGAGAAGUGCGAUUGUCCACCACACGAGAGGAAAACCUCCUCCUCCUCCUGCCCCUCACUCGUUUCUCCCUCCUCUCUCCGUCUCCUCACACUGUAAUUUCCUUCCUCUCUCUGCUGGGUGUGUACACACCGAUAUCAACGCUGAUGCACAGCCGCGAUGGUUAGACAAUCCAGUAUAAAUAGCUGUAUGUGUGUGCAUGUGUCUUCUGUAUGCUUUUAAUAAAUGCAAAGAAAAAACCUCCAGGCCUUAAUAAAGAAGUGAAACGA